UGCGUGGAAGAGAGGGAAGGGAGAGGGGGGAACGAGUCAAAUAAUUCACUCAUCCCGGUUUUUUAACAAUUCAAGUGAUUGAGCAAAUUCUUUUUUGUGUUUCCAAGAAAACAUCACACACCAAGUUCGUUCUCUCUAGCUCAAAUCGCACUGCACACGCGCAGAGUACGCAACAGUCAGUUCACGAGAGUUGAAUCACACCAAGUCAGUGUUAACACCGGCGCUCACGCGUGUCCGGGAGUUUACUCGAGAACCGUUAUGCCGGAGAAAGAUAAGCAAAGCCUAUUAAGAUGAGAUGCUGGACGACUUUCCCUAACUACGUCCCAAUGGAACGUAACUUCCUGCUAUUUCCUUGGUGAAGACAGAAAAGUACCAUUUGGAAAAUAAAUGGAUUCGAGCUGAUAAUAUUUCAUGAGAGAUGCUCCAGGAGAAGGCCUCAGCUGUGACGGAUGACAGUGUGACUGGGGUCCAGCCUGGAGGGCCCCCAGACCUCAGCCCUGACUCCGCUCACCUGGGCCUGCCUACAACUCCCAGCAUCCCCCAGGGCAAUGAGCCAGACCAGAAUAUUGAGAACAUCAAGGUUCUUCUUCAUGAGAGGGAGCUGUGGAAGAAGUUCCAUGAGGCGGGAACAGAGAUGAUCAUAACGAAAGCAGGCAGGAGGAUGUUCCCCAGCUACAAGGUGAAAGUGACGGGUAUGAACCCCAAAACCAAGUACAUCCUCCUCACAGACAUCGUCCCUGCCGACGACCAUCGCUACAAGUUCUGCGACAACAAGUGGAUGGUGGCAGGCAAGGCGGAGCCAGCCAUGCCAGGGAGGCUCUAUGUCCAUCCAGACUCCCCGGCAACAGGAGCCCACUGGAUGAGGCAGAUGGUGUCCUUCCAGAAGCUAAAGCUCACCAACAACCACCUGGACCCCUUUGGGCAUAUCAUCCUGAACUCGAUGCACAAGUACCAGCCUCGGCUCCACAUCGUCAAGGCCGACGAGAACAACGCCUUUGGGUCUAAGAACACAGCCUACUGCACUCACGUGUUUCACGAGACAGCCUUCAUCUCCGUCACCUCCUACCAGAACCAUAAGAUAACUCAGCUAAAGAUCGAGAACAAUCCGUUUGCCAAGGGUUUCCGUGGCAGCGACGAAGGGGACCUGCGUGUCUCCAGACUCCAGGGAAAAGACUACCCAGUGAUUUCUAAGAACAUGGUCCGCCAGAGGCUCCUAUCCUCACACGGUCACCUGACGGGGAAGCUGGGAGCUGGGGUACACCUGUCGGGGCACCCCCAGGUCCUGUCCCACUACCAGUAUGAGGGUGGGGUUCCCCUGGGGAACUCAGACCACCAGGAACACAUCUCCAAUUCCUUCCCUCCCACCCGAGAGCCCAGCCUGCUCUACCACUGCUUUAAACACAGAGAUAACACCAGGCACUUGGAACUGGGUUGUAAACGGCCAUAUCUGGACACGGCUCCUCCACCAGUCUCAGAGGAACACUACUUCCGUUCUCCUCCCUCCUAUGAGCCUCCACUGUUGUCCCACCCCUACUGUGGUGAGGCCAUAAGCUCCAGGGAGGCCUGUAUGUACGGAGGGAUGGAAGGAGAGAACGGCCACGGGGCUGUGGGUGCUGACGACCUGGUUCCCCCCUCUCUGAACUGCAACGUAUGGGCGUCGGUGCAGCCUUACCCCCGGUACAGUGUGCAGACAGUGGAGGCCGUCCCCUACCAGCCCUUCACUGCUCACUUCACCAGUACUGCCACCGCCACCUCCGUGGUGCCCCACCACACCCCCUCCGGUCCCUCACGCCCCCAGCCCGACAUAGGAGUCUACAGUCCGGCCACGGCACAGCGAGGCCUGGCCGUCAUCCCCUCGUCAUCCUCCGCCUCGUCUUCUUCUCCACCGGUUCCUGGUUCCAGGGAUAGUAGGCCGCUGGUCUAUCCUCCUCUGUACCACAGGAAGCCUGGGUCUCCUCUCCUGCCUCACAGGGAGUUCUCGGCCUUCCCAACACAGAGCGCCCCCCCAUCCAUCCGGGACCCGUCCUACCAGUACCAGAUGGGGCAGAGCAGUGUAGGGGCCCACUGGAAUGAUAGCUAGGGCUAUGGGGUGCUGUGUGGCUCCUGCGGCAGCAGCGAUGUCCACCCACCCGGUCGGUCCAGAAUCAACCAGACUCCCCCUAGCCAGCCAGCCAACUUUGAACUGCCUGUGAGGCAUCUGAAGUGAGAUUAUGUUGAAAUACAGCCAUGAUGACCUUGCCAAGUUGCAAGGAAGCUAUAGUAGUUUAGCAUGAGGAGAAGCAAAUCAGAGUGGCCAAACUCCAAUAGAAGCCUCCAUCUGCCCAAAAGCUCUGCACCUUCAGAUCCAUGUUAUCCUGACUGGAGGAGCAUCAUGACUGUGAUGAUGAUGAGUAUUCCAGAGGAAGAACCCCUCCUAUAGCGUGCCAUAUAUUGGCUUUAAAAAAUGAUCAAUGUCAAACAGUGUCAAAAGGAGAUGUGUUCAGCAAAGUGAAGAGUAUCCAUUAUGCCUUUGAUGUUUUUGAAGUAGUGUGUUUAGGAUUAAGAUGGACACGUAUGUACCAGUAAUGAAUUGAUUAACGUUUCUAAGAAAAACAUUUAAAUGCAAAACUUUAUCAUAUCAUAUACGACGGAGUGGGACAUGGAUGUGUAUGUGCAAAGAGAUUGAAGUAACAGUCUAAAUGUUUUGUUGAGACCUUGAGUAAAGCCUUCAUUUAAAUUGCCUUCUCUGCUUGUGUUGAGAAACUUUGCAGUUAGAAAUCUGUUGAACUUUUAAACAUGGGCUGCAGGUGAACUACACAACAAGCCCACCCAUGCAGUCCAUUUGAGCAGAGCUUAAGUGUUUUGUAGGUCUAGAUCUCACCUUCAGCCAUAAGCCUCUGCUAGCCAUGUUUUAAGCUAGCGUGACACCACUUAGCAUGAAGCCAAACAUCCGCUAGGCUAACGGCUAACGGCUCUUAGUUACAAACCCGAGGUCCGUUCCAAAGCAGCGUUCCCGCCUGUUGAAGUGGGACUUCGGAUAAGGUCUCUGGCCAACCAGAUGGGAGCUUAAGGAAUCGCUGUUAAGUCAACGCUAGUGCAGAACACAGAGCUCCGCACAAAUCCCAGCCCCAAAUGACUGAGUUGGAAAAAUCCUUACAAGACUGCAAAUGUAAAACAGCCCGAGCGGGGCGGGCGAGGAGCCACAUUGUGAAGUCAAGCUGAGCUGAACUGAAGCAGGGACGACCGUGUAACAUUCGGCAAGGCCUAGCCUGUCUGACAUUGACAAGUAGGGAUGGGUAAUAAUAGAACAAUAUGGUGGUCUAUUACCUGGCACACUCACAUUAUCCCUUCAUUUCUUUUGAUAUUCGAUAUAACUUCUUUUUUUGCACACCUGAUUAAAUAAAUAUUUGUAUGC